UGAUUUGAUAUUGCUUUGUUUUGAAACAGAAGAAGAGUAGCUUCUACUUGUUCUAUUCUUAUUCUUCUAUUCUACCACUCUUUCUUUCUUUACUCUCUCCACACUCCACUCAACCAUCUCUUUAAAAAAAACGCACUAUCUUCUUCUUUACCGUUGAACUAACUCAAGAGAGUCUGCAAGAUCGGAAGGGAAUUUCUGUGACGGUUGUGUGAGGUUAGCGAAAUGGAGAGGAACACUCCGGUGAGGAAGCCGCAUACUUCAACUGCAGAUCUGCUUACUUGGUCGGAGACUCCGAUUGCGGAUUCGCCAGCUCCGGCUUCUUCUGCUUCUCGCUCUCACCAGCCGUCGGAUGGGAUCAGCAAGGUGGUGUUUGGAGGUCAGGUUACUGAUGAAGAGGUUGAGAGCUUGAACAAAAGAAAGCCUUGUUCGGAGUACAAGAUGAAGGAAAUUACUGGUAGUGGAAUAUUUGUAGCCAAUGGAGAAGACGAUGAAACCGAGGAUGGCAGUGCAAACCCUUCUGCAAAUAAAACUGGAAUUCGCAUGUAUCAGCAAGCUAUGGCGGGAAUCAGUCAUAUCUCUUUUGGUGAGGAAGAGAGUGUUUCGCCAAAAAAGCCUGCCUCGUUGCCUGAGGUUGCCAAGCAGCGUGAGCUCAGUGGAACUAUGGAAAGCGAAGACAAUAAGCUGAACAAACAGCUUUCUGAUGCAAAGUUCAAGGAGCUUAGCGGUCAGGACAUAUUUGCUCCACCACCUGAAAUCAAACCUCGCCCAGUAACAGCUCGCAUACUCGAGUUGAAAGGGAGCAUAGACAUCGGAGAUAGCCAUGGUGAUGGAGAAGAAGGCGCUACUCCAGGCGAACCAGUUCUAAAGACAGCGAAGAAGAUUCUUAACCAGAAAUUUGCAGAACUCUCCGGAAACAACAUAUUUAAAGGCGACGCUCCACCUUUAUCCGCUGAGAAAUCAUUGAGCGGGGCAAAACUCCGAGAGAUAAGUGGCAGCAACAUCUUUGCUGACGGGAAGGCGGAGUCUAGAGACUAUCUAGGCGGCGUGCGGAAGCCGCCUGGUGGCGAGAGCAGUAUUGCCUUGGUAUAAUUUGUUAGGUCUAACUUAUUUGCUAUACUGUCUUUGUUUUGGUUUUAAUUAAUUUUUAGCGGGGAUGUGUUAUUAAUAUUAUUUGACCUUGUAUUUCUGGGUUUGGGGAAUUUUCCUUGUUGGUUCUUGGAUUAAAAUCUGGACCAAAGGAUCAUUGCUAAUUGGUUGUUUGUUCAUAAUCCUAUGUUUUCUUCAAUGUUUGCUUAAUGAAGUUAUUUGGACUUGUUACUC